ACGGCGUAAUGGGCAACAGAAGCCCAGAUUAGGGUUUCCUCUGCUUCCUGCUGGCUCACUGCCGUUCCGCCCGCCUCGCUCCACCACCGGCGGCCGCACGCACCGCUGCCUGCUGGCGUAGGAGCACAGGAAGCCCCCGCGGCCCCGCCCCCGUCGACCGAAGCCUCUCCUCUCGUCGAGUGGGCGUCUAUCUCUCCUUCCCCUCAGGUUCUUGUUCUUCAGUGCGCGAGAUCAAUCCACUGAGGCGGUGGGUGCAGUUAAUUUCCUCAAAUUACAUUGGGGGAGUUCAGCUGAACCGCGUCAAUCGCGCCUGUGCGGGCUAGGCAUCGUAAGAGCCUUGGCUCGCGGUGGAGAUGGGGAAGGCGACACCAAGAGUCCGUUAUGAGCCUGGACCAGCUUUUGAGGAGGUCAAAGAAGAAGCCAUGCUUGACAUAUCACCAACAGACUCGACAGAGUUUUGGUUAAUUCAGUGGCCUAAAGACCAGAUAGAUUUUUUGGAUUUUCAUGGCAAAGAGCUUUCUCUCAAGCUCCGUAGUGAUGGAAACUUGGGCAGCUUGGAAAGUUCCUCGGGAAAAUCUUAUGAGCUUGUGAGCUUUGCAGCUCAGAAGCCAGAUGCAACUGUCUUCCUGCCUUCAGGGUCAGAAACAAAGCCUGUGGGGAAGAUUUCACGGCGAGUCUCUUUAGUUCAUUAUCCUAAACCUGAGGAAUUGGCUAAACCAAGUUUUGGGAGUCUUACUCCUAGCAUUAAGAAAUCUGCAGGUUCUAAGAAGACCAUGUCUCGGUUCACUAGUGCAUCAAAGAACCGCAGUAGCCAAGGUUCGGCGCUUUCACUGGGCCAAAGGAGCGCAGAGCCGACAUCCAAACACAAGGGAAAGAGAAAGGAUGAAAGCAGCCUGGGGCACUCAAAUGUAUCAGGCAAGUCCUCGCAAGGAUCUCAGGCUGGAGGCGUGGGGAGCAACAUGGCCUCCAAGAUGCCACAAUCGCCAUCAGAAAAAUCACAGAAGAAGAGGAAGAAGGUUAAGAUCGUGGAGUAGUACUGUAGUAGUGUCAACUUGGCAAGAGAUCAAUUUCCCUUGAACUAUCAGUAGCUGAGGAGCUGUGCUGGAAGUUCACGUUCAAGUUUCUUCAUGCAUUUCUGGUUUCAAAUUUUAUCCAUUGAGAAUGUUUUGCUGGAGUGUGAGGUGUUGUUUGCCGGAUCGGAUGAUACGAUACCUGAGGCUUAUGUUGGGUUGUUCCUGUUGGUGUGCUGAGCUGAAAGCAGAAUCCUAGCAGCUGCUAUAGUGCUAUUGCUGCGUGAGCAUCUGAAAGCCUCUUUGAGUUCCUUGUUCUCGUUAA